AUGCCGACCAAAGAAUCAUCUCGCAUCACGGUGCAGCAGCACAGGGCCUCAACAGAGCAAGCUGCUGCGACUGCAGCAGCAGUUGCCGCUGCCGCAGCAGCGUCCGACGGAGCAGGAGCACCACUCCCGGAUGGAAGACGGCCGCACACAAAAGUUAAGGGACCCCUCAUCAGCGAGAGCAGCAAGAAGAAAAGGCAAUCUAUAUGCAGCGGCUACUCAUCCAGACGAAAGUGCGCAGUUGCGAACCCCUUACAGCAUCGACAACACCCCAUGAACUACCAGCGACAGCAGCCAAAGCAAAAGCAGCAACAACCAGAGACCGAAAAGACGAGGCUUGAACAGACGGAGCUGCACUCACUGCCGAACCCAGAAGUGCAUGCAGCGCUUCCCCAAGAGCAGAUAUUGUUGCUGCAGCAGCAGAUGUUGAAACAGCAGUUGCUCCUCCAGCAACAUUUGGAGGUGCCUCAGCAGCAGCCCCAGUGGAAUCUGCAGCAGCAGUAUUGGGAGGCUAGACCAAGCAUUCAGCAGGAGGGACAUCCGGAGCACCCAGGGUCGCUUCCUCAAUGUUAUCCUUGUGCGCGUUCUGCUGUGCGACCAGCCACAGAAAGCCAGCAGCGAGUGCAGCAGUUGCUGCAAAUACACCACGCAGCAGUGGAGCUGCAACACCGAGAGUUAGCUCUGGCCCUUCGGGAGUUGGAAUUGCUGUACCUCCCCCUCUUGUGGGGCAGUGCCGGUAGUGGCAGCAAUGAGAAAGUAUGGGAUGGGCUUCUAAGGAACUUUGCCCUUUGGAAGGGUGCGAAGGGGAGGGCCUUUAGGGCUGUUGGAGAAGGUCACUGGAUGGUGUGGCCGGCUGAGAGACAGGAUUCCAGCACUGCAAGACUGCAGCAGCAGCUUCCGCUGCUGCAGUCAUGCAUCUUUGGGGAAAAGCAGCAGCUGCAAGUGCUCAAGCACAUGUGGGCGAGCGGAAUGGAUGCAGUUGGCGCAGCUGCUGCCGCGCUACGAGGCCCCCUAGAAUCUGGUGGUUACAUCGAAUUCAUAAUGAGGCUUCCGAUCCCCAGCUGCUUCUACUGGACAACUGACAAUAAGGGAACCCCUUUUGUAUGGCGCCGCAUUGCCGGUGAUCAGCACCUGCAUCAAGAACAGCAGCCUCAGCUGUUUGGGCAGCAGCGAGCCGAGCAGCACACACACGCCGGAGCGGAAUUCGAAGUAAAUGAGCAGAUGCCGCAGCCUCAGAAACUGGCCGAGUCAUCUUUGUGA